CCGCUGAUACUAGUUGACUUGAAACCAAAGCAAAAAAACCGUUGUCUUCUUCCUGAUCGAUAACAUAAUAACAACCCCAAAUUUUAUAAUUACCUUGGGAGGAGGAAGCUAUGGUAGUGGCUGUAAGGUGGUCGAAAAGGAAGAAAAUGCCUCCCGAAGAAUCACAGUCUCGUGCACUUCCGGUUAGUCCUUCGGUUCAGUUUUCUAGUACUGUGGCAUCAGGUACCGGCCCGAAAUUGGAUGGAGCGGCUAGAAGGAUGAAAUCUCCGGGAAAGAAAUUACUCCCGGUGCUUGUUUUCAUCUUGUCGUGCCUUUCCAUUCUCAGAUUAGUUAAAAUCGCAAUUACUACUACUACUACUUCACAUUCUUCACCUCGAGCUGCUGCGGCAUCACUGUUUUUCUCGAAGACGGGUUACAAGAUAAGCCUAAACAAAGCGGAUUCUAAUGGGACUCGGGUUUAUAAAGUUAAGUACCAGGUACCAGCUAAGAAGGCAUACAAGCUGCUCAAGCAUGCCAGGGAAAACCCUGUUUGUGCACCGAGUACAAGUCUGCUCCAGCAAUCAAGUUGCAAAUUGGCAUUGAGAAAUUUACCACAAGAAGUAUAUCAGCUUAAAUGGGAUGUUGUGGUGGUGGAUGGACCUAUUGGGGACGCACCGGAAGCACCAGGCAGGAUGUCAACCAUCUACACUGCUAGCAUAUUAGCAAGAUCUGGGAAGACGACCGAUGUUGUAGUACACGACGUUCAUCGGACGAUUGAAAAAUGGUUUUCUUGGGAAUUCCUCUGCGAAGAGAACUUGGUUUCAGCUAAAGGAAGAUUCUGGAACUUUCGGAUCUCCAAUCAAUCGAAUGAUACAAGGUUUUGCUCUUCUGAGACGGUUCGGAUAGAGUAAUAGCCUUCUUUUUCUGCAGCAACAGAAAUCAGUAGCAUCAUGAAAUAUAUCUAACCAAAAUCAGAGUGCCACAUGGAAUGUCAUCUAUGAAUAACAUAAUUAUCCCUCCGCAUAGCUAACAGUGGAAUUCAGACGAAUUGGAUGUUGUCCAUCCGUGUAAAGGAAGAACAAUAGACACACUCCGUCAGUCAGAAUUGAAGAGUGUCUGCCCUGCUGCAUUUUCUUUUUCAUGUGUGUAAAUUUAGAUAAAAAGGAAAGAAUAUUGUAUUAUUGUCGAAAGCCGUAAAAA